GAAAGUAGGGUAUUUGUUGGCUUCACACUAAAUUGGGGUAGAAGUGAUCCUGUAAUUUAUUGGACGGCAUACUGAACAAGAUGAUGGGCGCAUGAAUAACACAACAUCACUUUUGCACCACCACCAGUACGAACUGCGAACCAACCACUAAAUACUUACACAACAGGACCUUACAUAAAUGUUACUCUUUGGUUGUUCUGCGGUUGAGGACGGACCUAAAGAAGAACACUCCGCAGCAAAACCUUGUAUGCACACCAACUACGCGUUUUAAGAAUCUGCUCUGGGGCCAAGAGGACUUGGAGUAAAAGUUAUUUUUCUCUGUACAUGACGUGUAAACUGAGAAAAUUAGAAAAGCCAUGAUGCCGAAAAUUCUAGUGUUUGCGGGUUUGCUGGUCUGUAUUUGGUGUGGAGCGUCUGCAUCAACAAGACAAGGGAAUAAUACAGAUGAAGAGGCGGCCCAAGCUUUCCUGGAACAGUAUAACGCACUUUAUGCUGACCUUGCUAAUAAAUAUGUGCUUGCCGACUGGACGUACAACACAAACCUUACGGACGAGAAUGCAGAUGCUGCGAUUGAAGCUGGGCUCCGACUUAGCGAGUAUCAGGCCGUGGCAAACGAGGAAGCGAAUCAGUUCGACCCGACAAACUUCACGGAGGAUACGAAAAGACAACUUUCCUAUGUCGGAAGCAAGUCUUUAUCUGAUGACGAAAUGAAAAAUUUGUCUUCUAUCAUUGCCGAAAUGGGCUCCAUAUACGGUCAGGGAAAAGUUUGUCGUCUGAAUCCAUCCGGAGAAGAAGAAUGCCUUUCCUUGGAGCCGGAGUUGACGCUGUUGAUGGCCGACUCAAGAAAUGCGUCUGAACGACUGUGGGCAUGGGACGGUUGGCGACGGGAAGUCAGCCGUAAAAUAAAACCCCUCUAUUUCCAAUAUGUGGAACUGAAGAACAAACUCGCCGUAGUCAACGGAUUUAACGACUAUGGAGAUCAACUGCGACAGAAAUAUGAAGACCCAGAGUUUGAGAGUGAUAUUCACAGUUUAUAUGAAGAAAUGAAUCCAUUGUACUUGCAACUCCACGCCUAUGUUAGAAGGAAGUUGUAUGAAACAUACGGACCGGAUGUUAUUAAUUUAAACGGGACCCUGCCUCAAAGCGUGCUAGGCGAUAUGUGGGGUAGGUUUUGGGCCAAUUUAUAUUCAAUCGGAGUGCCGUUUCCGGAUCAGCCCAGCUUGGACAUUACCCAAGCUCUGAUCGAUCAAAAUUACACCAUCACAAGAAUGUUCGAGACUAGUGAUGACUUUUAUACGUCGAUGGGACUCAUUCCUCUUCCACCAACCUUCUACAACCUAUCCAUGCUUGAAAAACCUUCAGACCGGGAAGUUGUAUGCCACGCUACAGCAUGGGAUUUUUAUGAUUCUGUGGACUACCGCAUUAAGAUGUGCACCAGGAUAAAUAUGGAUGAUUUUUUGACAAUUCACCAUGAACUAGGCCACAUCCAGUAUUUCCAACAGUACAGCCAACAGCCAACAGUUUACUUGGAAGGAGCAAAUGAUGGUUUUCACGAAGCUAUUGGCGAGUUAAUGUCUAUGAUUGUAUCCACGCCAAAACAUUUGUACGCAAUCGGAUUGCUUGACGAACUACCAACAGACAACAAAACUGAAAUCAACUACUUGUUCCAACAAGCGUUGUCUACCAUCUCCACUCUUCCAUUUCACCUUUUGCAAGACCAGUGGAGAUGGAAUGCUUUCCGAGGAUAUUACGGAAACAUGUCAUCACAAUGGAAUGGUGAAUUUUGGGCACUCUCCGAAGCAAUUGUUGGAGUUCAUGCCCCGGUGGAAAGGACUGAAGAGGAUCUUGAUUGUCCGAGCAUAUUUCACGUGGCCCAAGACUACGACAUGAUUCGAUACUUUACCAGAACGAUCCUUCAGUUUCAAUUUGCAGAAUCCUUGUGCGAAGCUGCCGGACACGAAGGUCCAUUGACUGACUGUGACUUUUACGGAUCGCAGGAGGCUGGUGCCAUACUAUCAGACAUGCUACAACUGGGACGUUCUAAGCCUUGGCCCGAUGCCCUAGAGGCGUUGACAGGAGUAAGAAAAAUGAACGCAACAGCAAUUCGAUCCUAUUUUGCACCACUGGAAAGAUGGCUACAGGAGACCAAUCUUGCAAAUGGAGAUGUACCGGGAUGGACCACGUCUAGUGGAACUGCAAUAACUCUGUAGGUGGGGGUACUUUGCUCGAGCACAUGUGUCAUUUAUUUUGUUAAGUAUUACUUAGAAGAGAAGAUGUCAUUCUUGAUAAGUUAAUACAUAUAAUCAAAUUGAGAGUAUGAACCUGUGUGAUUAAUUGAAUGAAAUAAAAUUUUUGAAUUGGCAGCAUUAAUCAGCAAAAA